AUGGUUGGAGGCAGACGCAACGUUCUCAAUAGCCACGACAACAGCAACGGCAAUGUCAACCGUCGCCACAAUGUCGAACAGUUCAGCAAGUACCAGCGCGUCGACCUGGAAAGCGGAUAUGGAGCGAUUACCCCCGUCAAGCCGAAGCGUAGAUUCCGCGAUGCGAUCGAACAAACCGUUAAAGACAACCGCGCCAAUGAAAUGAAACAGAAGUUGAUCGACAACAUCGACCAUGAAGCGCUCGAAAUUUACAGGAAGAGUGACGAGAGCCUCAAAUCUAUAAAGAAUAAGAAGGUACGCGGUUUCUACGAGGAGCAGAAUGAGCGCCUAGACGACUGGGCCGAAGUCGACAUGGUUGUUUCCUCACUCGCCGACGACAUCGUCGAUAGUAUGAACCCGCGAGACGUCGAUGGCGAUGGCGUGGCAGAAGACCGGGGACCAUUGGGUAACAGCGGAGAGGAUUUGGAACCAUUUCUACCCGAGGAGGAGCGCAACAAGCGAGCAAAGUCCGCUAAGCAUGCGAGAUGGGCGAUCAAUAUCAACGUAAUCGUAAAUAUCCUUCUCCUCGCGGCCAAGGGUGUAGCAGCCAUCUGGUCCAGCUCCCUCUCCUUGAUUGCAUCCCUCGUCGAUUCGGCUCUUGACUUGCUCUGCACCGUCAUCAUCUGGACUACCAACAAGCUUGUAAGCUGGCGUGUGGAGGGUUUGCGAAAGAAGUUCCCCAUCGGCCGCCGACGCCUCGAACCAAUCGGUAUCCUGGUCUUCUCCAUUCUCAUGGUCAUAUCGUUCCUCCAGAUUUUGCAAGAGUCGGUCAAGAAGCUCUUGCCAAGUGGUGACCACAGUGUGUCUCAAUUGCCACCAGCUGCUAUUUUCGCCAUGGUCGCUACAAUUGUCGUCAAGGGUACCAUUUGGGUAGGAUGCGCAAGGGUCAAGACAACACAAGUACAGGCUUUGGCCCAAGACUGCAAGACUGACGUUAUCUUCAACACGCUCUCCCUCUUGUUCCCGCUCAUCGGAGGCCACGUCGGCGUCUGGUGGCUCGACCCUCUUGGCGCAGCUUGCCUUUCGCUUUUCAUCAUCUACGACUGGGCUUGCACUUGCUUCGAGAACGUCACCCGUUUGACCGGUGAGCAGGCCAGCGACCGUGUGGAGCGCAAGAUGAUGUAUAUGGCAUACCGCUUCUCGCCCCUCGUCGAAGGCUUCAAGAGUCUGAAGUGCUACCAUGCGGGUGAUGGUGUCUGUGUUGAGAUUGAUGUGCUCAUGAAAGAGGAGACGCCGUUGAGGAAGUGCCAUGACAUUGCGGAGACCCUGCAGUACUGUCUAGAGGGCCUGAACGAGGUCGACCGCGCUUUUGUUACUAUGGAUUACACUUCCCAAGGUCCUACAGGCCACGCUGGUAGCUAG